CAGACUUGAACAGUAGGAGGAAGAAGGAAGUGUUUAUAUCAGGAUUUGAGUCAUCACCUUUGAGCCAAGCAUUAUUGGGAACUCUUUCCGUAGUAAUUUCUUAUAUCUGACUAGGUUUGUUUUGCCUCAAAGCUACAAUGAGAACAAUAUCUAUGUUGUUUAUCGUGCUGGUUUAUUUGUCUGGUGGUAUCAGAGGAGACUCAAAGGACAUGUCAGCACCAGGAGUAUCUACUGGAAAUAAACCAGAAGCAGGAGUAUCUACUGGAAAUAAACCAGAAGCAGGAGUAUCUGAGAAGGAAACGACACUGGCACCAGGAGCCUCUCCUGAAAAGGAAACGACACUGGCACCAGGAGCCUCUCCUGAAAAGGAAACGACACUGGCACCAGGAGCCUCUCCUGAAAAGGAAACGACACUGGCACCAGGAGCCUCUCCUGAAAAGGAAACGACACUGGCACCAGGAGCCUCUCCUGAAAAGGAAACGACACUGGCACCAGGAGCCUCUCCUGAAAAGGAAACGACACUGGCACCAGGAGCCUCUCCUGAAAAGGAAACGACACUGGCACCAGUAGACCCGGCUGGAAAGGAAACGGCACCAGUAGACCCGGCUGGAAAGGAAACGGUACCAGUAGACCCGGCUGGAAAGGAAACCCACGGCACACGUGAUGAGGCAGAGAGCAGUCACUUCUUUGCUUAUCUUGUGUGUUCAGCUGUGUUGGUGGCAGUGCUCUACAUUAGCUACCACAACAAGCGGAAGAUCAUUGCCUAUUGCGUCGAGGGAAAGAGGUCGAGAUCGGGACGUCGGCCCAAAGGCGCAGAGUACACCAAGCUGGAACAGAAUUAGUGAAGAAUGUCAUGAAGUCAUUGCCAGAAAACUGUGGAUAUAGGUGUUAAGAUGAAAUAAGGCACCAAACUGAUUCCUGGGGAAAGAAGACUUGCUUGGUUUAAUCAAAAAAAAUAUAUAUACAUUUUUUUUUUUUUACAAAUGGGUAUUACUUAAUAGAUGUUUGUCUUUGGAUGCUUAUUGCAUGACUAUGCAGAGGAUACUGUUGCUGAGAAAGAUAAGCAUGCUUGUGUUUGUACUCCUGUGUUAUUAUGGUACUUUGGGGUGUCCUUUGUGUUCUCAGUCAGUCCAUAAUACCUUGAUGUACUGACUCAGGAUGAUUUUGUUUGUCACAGAAGAAGUUGUAUUGUGAGGAUUCCAACUGGUCCCUUAGUGUUUGCAAGUACUAUUGGACAGUAGUUGGACACCUGCUAUGAUGACCACAAUGUUGGCCAGAUGAAUGUAAUUGUACUUCUUGUAUGUUUUGGAGUGUUGUAUUUUCUUUUUAGCUUGAUCCAUUCUGAGAUGGCAGAUGUUUUAGUUGCGUUGUGUUGGUUGGAGUGGAGUAAGUGGAAAAACAGUGAAGGUGAUUGUGUGACUGAUAAUGCAUGUGGAUGAAUGAUACUGAAGUUAACCUAGGCCUAAGUUCCAAAUAUAUUAGAGCAGGGGUGUCAAAAGCAUUAUCUUUACGAGGUUCGGAAGGCCACACGUAAAAUGUGUUAUUUCCUAGCAGUCAGAAUCUGAAUUAGAGCUCUGCUACCUGACCCAAGCCUGAUGGGCCAUAACAUUAUACAUCGGUUGGAGCCUGCUAGGCCUGUUUUUACCCCCAUCAAUAACUAGGGUACGGGCAGGGCUCGGGUAUCACUAAAUUGAUCAUUGAACAUGUUGAAGCUGAGCCAUUUGCUUGUGCUUUUCUGCUCCGUACAGUCAUAUCUAAGAUCAUAACAUGGUGCCAGAAGUGCUUCAAAUAUAACGGGAGAGCUUAUUUCACAAAUAAUGUUCCUUGAGUUUUGUAGAAGUUUAGAGUGACAAAAAGUAGCUAAAAGCCAAUGUAUGGUUAAUCUGGCAUCUGAAUUGGCCGUAGAGCAUUUAAUGUGAUGCGGUCUCUGCAGAAGUCAGGGCAUUCAUAAUUCUUGAGGAGCAGAGCUGUUAAGGAAGUGCGUUUGUGUUUAUACGGGAUGUACCGCCCCCACCUACCAUCAACCAAUCAUGUCAAUGUGGAGUGGUACGGAGCUCCCAGCAUUGUUACAAGCUCUUGCGGAGGCCGCAUCGCCUCCCAGAUUUUGUAUCUAUGCGGAGGGCUCCCUAUAGCUCUGCAUUGACAUGAUUGAUCAACGGCUUUAACACUUCUCGCAUGUCUCGUCAUUGAGCAGAGCAGCCCAACGGAGCUGUUGCUAUUGGUUACACAGACUGAGCCGCUAUUAGCAUAGUGCAUGCAGAGCGAGACGGACAGAGAGGAGCAGCUAAUGGAUUUACUAAGUGAGGAAGUUAUUUCUGGUUUCAGGCAGGGCUGGGCCUUUAAAUUUGGCAGAAGUAAUUGGGCCUGGGUAGGCUAGUGCUAAAAUUCAUGCACGUUUUAUUUUUUUAACCUUUAUUUAACUAGGCAAGUCAGUUAAGAACAAAUUCUUAUUUUCAAUGAUGGCCUAGGAACAGUGGGUUAACUGCCUGUUCAGGGGCAGAACGACAGAUUUGUACCUUGUCAGCUCGAGGGUUUGAACUUGCAACCUUCUGGUUACUAGUCCAACACUCUAACCACUAGGCCACCCUGUGCAGGGCUCUCCCCAGGAUUUGAGCUAUCUAGCAUGCGAAUAUGUAAUUUAUGUUCUUUCUAAAGAGGGACAUUUUUAUUUAACUAGGCAAGUCAGUUUAUGAAGAAAUUCUUAUUUACAAUGACUGCCUACCCCAGCCAAACCCGGACAAUGCUGGGCCAAUGGGAGUCCCAUAGGGCUGCGCACAAAUCACAGCCAGAUGUGAUUCAGUCUGGAUUUGAACCAGGGACUGUAGUGAUGCCUUAGACCGCUGCGCCACUCAGGACCCAAAAAUAGCUGAUCUGUCCCAAACUUUUCAUGGUCUCAACAAGCUGUCCUUUGAGGGCUUUAGGUAGGGUAGACCUUUUGGCAAAAUUAAGAGUAUUGAUUAACAUUCCAAGGAAUAUAGAAGAUAAAAAUAUUAUCCAAUUGAAGAAUAUCUAAGACUGAGCCAGUGUAUAUUUCUCUCCUGUGGCUGCGUCCUAAAUGAUCACUAUAUUUCUACCCAGGGCCUUGUUUCAGAGAGAUCUUUCCGUACAAUGUGCUUUUCAAUAGUUGAGUAUAUUGCAAAUGGAAGUAGUCAUUUUGCACAGAUCCUUUUUGUAUGCUGGACCAAUUUAAGCUAAAUUGGAUUAAAAAUUACAUUUUAUACUAUACUUGCCGUGGUUUGGUCACUGUCACAACAAUGCAAAUGUUUUUCUUUUUUGGUGGGAGUUGAAAUGAAUAAAAUGUAUUUAACAAUU